GGCUGUUCUUCCGGGUUGGAGGCGCCGCGCCGCGGGGCUGGAGCCCGCGUCUGCCAGCGCGGCGUCCCCUCGCAACCCGCGGCCGCCCGGCCUCCCUGCCAAGUGAUUUACCUUCAAGGAAAUUGGGGAUUCAGAAAGUUGGGAGCUCCUGUGAACAUGGCGAACCUACUGAAAACAGUGGUGACUGGCUGUUCCUGCCCUUUCCGUAGCAAUUUGGGGUCCUGUAAGGUGCUACCUAGGAAGAAGGAUUUUUUACGAACAUUUCAUACUCAUCAGGCGCUGUGGUGUAAAGCCCCUGUAAAACCAGGAAUUCCCUAUAAGCAACUGACUGUUGGGGUCCCCAAAGAGAUUUUCCAAAAUGAGAAGCGAGUGGCAUUGUCUCCUGCUGGCGUUCAGGCCUUGGUCAAGCAGGGUUUUAAUAUUGUUGUGGAAUCGGGUGCUGGAGAAGCUUCCAAGUUCUCAGAUGAUCACUACAGAGCAGCAGGUGCCCAGAUCCAAGGGGCGAAGGAAGUGCUGGCUUCUGAUUUGGUGGUCAAAGUGCGAGCCCCUAUGCUUAACCCAACGUUAGGUGUUCAUGAAGCUGACCUUUUAAAAACAUCGGGAACACUGAUUAGUUUUAUUUACCCAACCCAAAAUCCAGACUUGCUAAAUAAACUUUCCAAAAGGAAAACUACCGUUCUGGCGAUGGACCAGGUUCCAAGAGUCACAAUUGCUCAGGGAUACGAUGCGCUAAGCUCCAUGGCCAACAUUGCUGGUUACAAGGCUGUUGUACUAGCAGCAAAUCAUUUUGGACGUUUUUUUACUGGUCAGAUCACAGCUGCUGGAAAAGUUCCUCCAGCUAAGAUUCUGAUAGUCGGUGGCGGUGUGGCAGGGCUGGCCUCUGCAGGUGCAGCAAAGUCGAUGGGUGCUAUUGUUCGGGGAUUUGACACAAGGGCCGCAGCUUUGGAGCAGUUCAAGUCUCUGGGUGCUGAGCCCUUAGAGGUGGACUUGAAGGAAUCUGGUGAGGGACACGGAGGAUAUGCAAAGGAGAUGUCCAAAGAGUUCAUUGAGGCCGAAAUGAAGCUAUUUGCUCAGCAGUGCAAGGAGGUGGAUAUCCUUAUCAGCACAGCACUUAUUCCAGGUAAAAAAGCUCCCGUUUUGUUUAAUAAAGAAAUGAUCGAGUCCAUGAAGGAAGGUUCAGUUGUUGUGGAUUUAGCUGCUGAGGCUGGCGGAAACUUUGAAACCACCAAGCCAGGAGAACUUUAUGUUCAUAAGGGGAUUACUCACAUAGGCUACACAGACCUUCCCAGCCGAAUGGCCACUCAGGCCAGCACCCUGUAUUCCAACAACAUCACCAAGCUCCUGAAGGCCAUCAGCUCUGACAAAGACAAUUUUUAUUUUGAAGUGAAAGAUGACUUUGACUUUGGUACAAUGGGUCACGUCAUUAGAGGAACUGUAGUGAUGAAGGAUGGCGAAGUGAUCUUCCCUGCUCCUACACCGAAAAAUAUGCCUCAAGGUGCCCCAGUAAAACAGAGGACAGUGGCUGAGCUGGAGGCUGAAAAAGCAGCUACUGUCACACCCUUCAGGAAGACGAUGACAUCAGCUUCUGUAUAUACAGCAGGUCUCACUGGGAUACUGGGUUUGGGCAUUGCGGCUCCCAAUUUAGCCUUUUCCCAGAUGGUGACCACUUUUGGCUUGGCUGGCAUUGUGGGCUACCACACUGUCUGGGGAGUGACCCCCGCUCUCCACUCACCACUGAUGUCUGUGACUAAUGCAAUCUCAGGGUUGACCGCAGUUGGUGGGUUGGUGCUGAUGGGAGGACAUUUGUAUCCUUCCACAACUUCUCAGGGCCUUGCUGCUCUUGCUGCAUUCAUAUCCUCAGUCAACAUUGCAGGUGGCUUUCUGGUGACUCAGAGAAUGCUGGACAUGUUCAAACGUCCCACCGAUCCCCCAGAAUACAAUUACCUGUAUCUGCUCCCUGCUGGUACCUUUGUUGGAGGAUAUUUAGCUGCCCUCUACAGUGGUUAUAACAUUGAACAAAUUGUGUACCUGGGCUCCGGCCUGUGCUGUGUUGGUGCCCUGGCCGGGCUUUCCACCCAGGGAACUGCGCGUCUUGGCAAUGCAUUGGGCAUGAUUGGGGUGGCUGGAGGCCUGGCAGCCACCCUUGGAGGCCUAAAACCGUGCCCAGAAUUGUUGGCUCAGAUGUCUGGAGCAAUGGCUUUGGGUGGUACCAUUGGAUUGACAAUUGCGAAACGCAUCCAGAUUUCUGAUUUACCUCAGUUAGUUGCUGCUUUCCACAGUUUAGUGGGCUUGGCAGCUGUGCUUACGUGCAUAGCUGAGUACAUUGUAGAAUAUCCACAUUUCGCUACGGAUGCAGCAGCCAAUCUUACCAAGACCGUGGCCUACCUCGGUACUUACAUCGGUGGUGUCACGUUUAGUGGGUCUCUUGUUGCCUAUGGAAAAUUGCAGGGUAUCCUGAAAUCCGCCCCUCUCCUGCUCCCUGGGAGGCACCUACUCAAUGCUGGCCUGCUGGCUGCUAGCGUGGGUGGAAUCAUCCCGUUCAUGAUGGACCCCAGCUUCACCACUGGCAUUACCUGUCUGGGCUCUGUGUCAGCUCUCUCUGCUGUCAUGGGUGUGACUUUGACGGCUGCCAUUGGGGGUGCUGACAUGCCCGUGGUCAUCACUGUGCUGAACAGCUAUUCAGGCUGGGCCCUGUGUGCAGAGGGCUUCCUGCUCAACAACAGUCUGCUGACCGUCGUGGGUGCGCUCAUCGGCUCCUCCGGUGCGAUACUGUCCUACAUCAUGUGUGUGGCAAUGAAUCGCUCCCUGGCUAAUGUGAUUCUUGGAGGCUACGGUACCACUUCAACAGCUGGUGGAAAACCCAUGGAAAUUUCUGGCACACAUACAGAAAUCAACCUUGACAAUGCAAUUGACAUGAUUCGAGAAGCUAAUAGCAUUAUUAUUACUCCAGGCUACGGUCUCUGUGCAGCCAAAGCUCAGUACCCCAUUGCUGAUUUGGUAAAGAUGCUCUCCGAACAGGGCAAAAAAGUCAGGUUUGGAAUUCACCCAGUUGCAGGCCGGAUGCCUGGUCAGCUUAAUGUGCUGCUGGCUGAGGCUGGGGUGCCAUAUGAUAUUGUGUUGGAGAUGGAUGAGAUCAACCAUGAUUUCCCAGACACUGAUUUGGUCCUUGUAAUUGGAGCUAAUGACACUGUUAAUUCAGCGGCUCAAGAAGACCCCAACUCUAUUAUUGCAGGCAUGCCAGUCCUCGAGGUCUGGAAAUCAAAGCAGGUCAUUGUUAUGAAGAGGACCUUAGGUGUUGGCUAUGCUGCAGUGGACAAUCCAAUCUUCUACAAACCUAACACAGCCAUGCUUCUAGGCGAUGCCAAGAAGACGUGUGAUGCCCUGCAGGCGAAAGUUAGAGAAUCCUACCAGAAGUAAAACAUAAAGAUCAAGCUGUUGUCUAACAAAGCCACCUCUUCACUUGUGGGAACAGGCAAAUAAAUUAUUAACAUAUACAGCUGAUACACAUCUAUAUCAGAGCUCUUGAAAGAAAAGGAAGACCCUGAAGAAAGCAAAGCAAAUACAGGGAAAAUUUUCAAGAGCAGCAGUCCCUCAAUUUUAAAAAAGUAUUGACAAGUCUAAAUGUCUUCCUGUGCAUAUUUUUUGUGUUAUGAAUUCCAAAAGUAUUUUACACAAGGAGAAGGAACAGCCUCAUUUUAGAUGUAAUCCAUUUGGAUUUUCCUCAAUAGUCAGCAGUGUUUUAAGAAAUUAAGUCUUUAUGAUUUUUUAGGACUUACAUUAUACAUAGAUUUGAAAAAGUCUGACGCAGUGUAAACAUUACAGCCACCUGCAUUUAUGUUUUUUCAACAAAUGUGACUAAUUUGAAACUUUCAUCAACUCUUGAACUGUCCUCUUACCAUUUAACCAUAAUCUGAAUUAAACAUAUCAAAUUAGUUUCAAUUUUUCAAACUGUACUUCUGAUUCUAUAUUUCAGGGGUGUAUUUUCUCAGUUCUAUUUUAAUACAUUAAAGGACUAGAUAAUCUUUCAGAGAUGCUGGAAACAAAUCAUUUGCUUUGUAUGUUUCAUUAGAACACCAAUGAAACAUAUAAUUUGAAAUCAGUAUUAGUUGUAUUUUUUAAACCCCAUUUCCAAUUGGAGAUCUCUCUAAUUUCAAUCAAUUUAUAAUGUGUAGUACUGUAUUAAGUGCACUUGAAUGGAAUUCAACUAUUUGACUAAUAAAAUGAGUUCAUCAUGUUUGCUUAGUGAUGUAGCAAUUGUCUCUGGUGACGAAAGGCUAAAAUCAAGUAAUUCUGCCUGUUAUUAACAUCUGAGGAAGAUUUUGCUACCAUGAAAUAGAUGAGAUUAAUCUGUCUUAACUGCUUGGAAGAAUAAUUUUUUUCCCAAAUCAGAGUGUGUUUUAAGGUGUUAUGUAAAUGAUAACAUUUGAGAGAAAUGGUGGCACUUUUUAGCUACCUCUUUGUUUAAGCACCAGUAAAGAUUAUGUCUUUUUAGCACCAGUAAAGAUUAUGUCUUUUGCAGUAAUGGUGUAGAUUUUCUUCGUGACUUUGCCAUUAUGCCAAAAGCUCUGUAUAGAUUGAAUGUGUGAAGAAUAUUUGAAAUAUCUCUCUAUAUAAUUAAUUCGCAAUUAAGUUUCUUGAAACAAUUAUUAACAUGUAAGAAGUAUCUAAAUCAGAAAAAGAAAUAACUGGUGUGAAAUUUUUUACUAUAAUACUCAUGUUUAUUGAGUUUAAAACUCAUAGUAUUUGUUGGUUUGGUACUCAAUUUCUUUUUUGCUGUGCCUGAGAUUAAGAUCUGUUUGUGUGUGCAUGUGUUUUAAAUCAGGAAAGACUCCUUUUUAAUUUUUAAGCGGUAAAUGCAAUUUGUUAAUGGAUCACAGGUCAUUUGUAACCUCAAGACUGAAUUAUAUCAUGAAAGUUCUAUUAGAAGAAAGUAAAUAGUACCUUGAGUCAUGCCCUUUUCCUUUUCUCAAAGUAGUUGUAGGUAUAUCUGGGAAGCAGCAACUUGGAUUUUUUUUUUUGAGAUAAUUCCUGCAUUCAAUUUAAAUUAAAAUAAUUAUACUUGGAUUUAUUAAUUUAUUUCCAUCAUUUAUAGUAAAUAUUUUUCUGUAUUUUAAAAAUUUAGGAUGAUCUCAUUUCUUUGAUACUUGCUAAUCCUUUGUCAUUCAGUUGUGUUAAUUGAAAAUUCAUGCUCUGGUUGGUUUUAUUUUACUUUAUUGUUUAAGUGAUUUAAGGGAUUUUUGUAUAUUUAAUUUCUUAAAGUAAUACUCCAAAAGAUUGUUGAUCUUGGGUUAUUAAUUAUGGCGAGGUCUAAAAGCAACAAAAAUAAUUUUCGUUCAUCUUAUUUUAUUAUUCCUCCCUUUCUGAUAAGUCAUAUAACUGGUAAAUAUGACUUAUUUUUAUUCUGUAUUGAUCUGUUGUUCACUAUGUCUUUUUGAAAUUCAACUAGAAAUAAUUUUUUAAAAAUCCAUUAUACCCUACAGUCUGUUACCAAAAAAAAAAAAAAAAAAAGAAUUAGGCAGUAAAGUGCUAACAUUGAUUCGUCUUUUUGGCCUUAUAAACCAUCCUUUAUUUUCUCAUGUUUGUCUUAAUUUGGGAGUUUGUGUUUAAGUUACGCAUCCAACUAAGGAAUAGUAUAUAGUAAAUGUAUAAGUUUUUAUACAUUCUAUCUAUCUAUUGAUUUAUCUCUCUAACUUUGGACAGUUUUCUGGUACAUAAAUCUCUUUAUCAUUCUAUAUACUCUUUUUUCUAGGGUUGUAAUAGACUAAUAUGACUAAUCUGUUCAUGCGGUAGACUUUCAGUUUUUCCUGAGCCAGUGAAUAUCAGUUAAGUAUCUGGUAAUGAAUCUGGAAGGUGAGCCUUGGCCUUUCUGAUUCCAUUUAAGUCAUUACCCUAACUUUCAGAUUUUACUGUUUUCCUAUCCAACACAAAUAUGGGAUAUAUUAUGUAUCAUUUAGCUUUAGGGUUUAAUUCAAUUUAUCUGAUCCCAAAGCCUUAGUUUGUAUAAUUAAUAACUUAUAACCCAUAUGUUCAUCUGACUUGGAGGCAAAUUUUCUAGUCCCCUAAGGCAUAAAUCUUGUUAAUUAAAGCAUUUUAGUCCUGGAAAGUUGGACAGCUCUUUUGUAUGGAUAGGGGAGAAUAGUUCAGAUAUCUAAUUUAUAGCUCUUGCCAGUUUUUUUUUUUUUUUUUUUUUUUUGCGGUCCGCGGGCCUCUCACUGCUGUGGCCUCUCCCGUUGCGGAGCACAGGCUCCAGACACGCAGGCCCAGCGGCCAUGGCUCACGGGUCCAACCGCUCCGCGGCAUGUGGGAUCUUCCUGGACCGGGGCACGAACCCGUGUCCCCCGCAUCGGCAGGUGGACUCUUAACCACUGCGCCACCAGGGAAGCCCAUCUUGCCAGUUUUUGAGAGUCUUUGCCAACAAAUAUUACUGGGGCAGAAUGGUUAAAAAACAAAAACAAACCCAAACCCAAAACUUCACUCCAGUGGCAGCAACUUUCAUAAUCCAGCUGCUCUUUAGAUUCUCAAGGGAAAGAAGAAUUAGGUUACUUAACAAGGAGAAAAAAAAAACCUUUGUUAAGUGAAAUUUUUAAAGUGUUGAUUUACUAAGGCAGCAAAAAUAGUAACAUUUGAAUUUCAAAGCACUCAAGAUUGCUGUUCUUAAACUCUUAUUUCUUAGAUUUAUGUAUUGGGCUGAGGAAUUGAACUAUUUUCUUCACUAUUUAAGUAAUUUAUAGACAUUUAACAUGGUGUAUACUGUAAGUCUGGAUGGAGAUCUUUUGGAUGCUGGUAAAAUAGUGAUAUAGAUGAUGAGACAGUAAUUAGAAUGACCAAUACUUGAAACUGUUACAUAUAAUGAUUAAGAUAGUGGUAGGAAAAAACAGUUGGAUCAUAGUAGAUAAUUCAUUUGGGGGAAGAGUGGAAAACCAUAUUGGAUCUCAGUCAUGUUGAUUGUCAAAUCAUACGACUGCCUUGUUCUAUACGAAAUAUUUGUACUUCAUAUUCUUGCCAAAGAUUACAACCUUGAACUCUGCUUAUCAGUUCUUUCCAAAAGCCGUUUGUGAAGAAUAAUACUAAUGGAAAGAUUGCUUAAGUGAUAUGGAGUCCAGUUUAACCAUGGAUAUUUCAAAUUUCACUCAUAGACCAACUUCUUCAGAGAACUGGGUGCUUGGGCUGCAUUGUCUGGGUCACUGUGAAUAACAAAGACGUGAAGGCACUGGAAUGGAGAGGGUGCUGGGAUAACUGCUGUUUGUUCUUCAAUUUAGAAUAUUUGGGAAGUAACUGACCAGGAGAAGCAUUUCCCAAAAUGUGAUGGGAAUGGCAGAUGCUUAUAGCCUGAGAUUUUAAUAAUUUGUUCUAGAAUGUUGUUGAGGACAAUUAGUAUAUUUCCAGUCCAUCAUUUUCAGUAUCAACUUCUUGCCAUUUCUGGAAUGUAAGGAAUAUGUUUUCGCAUGAUCAGUCUUGUAGCAUUUUUCCUGCUUGUCUUGAUUCCUCAAAGAUGGCUGACGACAGAGUCAUCAAUCUCAAGGUGUGUUCUGAAUUUAUACUUGGAUAUAGUAUGUACAUGUCCCAUUUGGGCACAUUGUAGAGAAGUUAGGAGGUUCUUUAUAAAGUCUCUUUUCUACCUUUUCCAGCUAAAGUUGAAUAUACUUUACACAGAAGAAUGGAAAAUAGGAUUCGAGGAGAUCAACUUUGCCUGUGCUCCUUGUUAUUAUGGCAUCAGCUACCAUGGUUCGAAGACUUUCACCUCUCAUGCCCUCGUUUUUAUCUAAAUAUAAUUUAAAGAGCCUAGUUUAUUGUUCUAUUGUCCCACAAUUUUGAGCUCAUGUUAUAUUUUACCUUCUUUGACAACUUUCUUAUACCUCUGUGCCACUUUUAAAAUACUAUUCUUGAUUAUGAAUCCUUUUAUGAUGUUUACUUCCUUUUAAAGUUUGAGAUCCUAGGAAUGACGUGCAUUGUCUUUCUUGCAUAAAAUAUACCCAUAAAUAUCAGCUAAGAUUUCCAGGUUUUUUAAAAAAUUAGGGCAAGAAUCUAAAGACAUCUUCAAACCAAUUUGAAUGCAGAAUUAUUCUAGAAUGUUGUUUCCCCACAAUCGUCUACACUUGUCUAACUCCUACCUAAUUUGACACCAGUUUUCGAACUUAUAUUUGAUUGAUUGAUGUAGUAAUUAUUUAAGUUGUGUAGUUAAUAUUGUGUAACUACAACUAAAACUGGCAUAAACAUAUUUUGGAACAAAAUCCAACUGCCUCUUGUUAAGCAUCCAACUCAGCUGGUAGGAACAGAUGUUCAUGAGUGUUUAGAAAGCCUUCUAGCCCUAAGCAUUCACUGUGCAGUGAGUAUGAGUCAAUAUAUUUUAUAGAUGUAAUGGAGAGCUUUGGUUAAUGCGGUGAGUUGGUUAAAUGGAGGUUGAUUAAGAGAGCAUCUACUGUAGAAUAAGAUGUGUUCCUUGCCUUCUGAGGAAAUUGCAAAAUGGAAGCCAGUUCUUUCUGACCCUUCUGAUUAGAAUUGAUUAAUUGUAGUGUAGUGAUUCUACACUACAUUAUACUCUAUCAUAACACCUGUAAUACUUUGUUUUCCUAAAGUCUGUACUUACUGGACUAUGAACUCGUGGAGGGCAGAUAUUGUCCUUGAUAAAUGAUUAGGUGAAUGUAUUUAAGAAAUUAUAAUGUGAUACAUGAAAAGAAGGAGGAAAAAAGCAGAACAUGAGCUGAUAUGGAAAAACCUAUUUCAGAAACCAUCCAGGGUUAUUGGUACUGUAAAAUGUGCCAUUUAAAAUGCCGUCUAAGGACAUAUAGUCAACAGUAGCAGAAAGGCCAAUGGAGUUGGAAACACAAAGGCAAGCUAAUUCUAAUUUCUAAAAAUUUAAAACAAUAAGAAAGCUUGAAAUACAUAUUUUAAACCGUAGCUGUAAUGUUUGCAUUUAACAAAUCUUCUGUUUGAGAACAGUGAUAUAAAAUGGUGCUAACUUAGGCUUUAUUAGUACAGAUUAAAUCCUGUUCGCCAGGAAGAAUGAUUCUGUGGUUAUUCUGUUUCUUCACUAGAUGGUGCUUAUGAGCUAAUGAGAAAAAAGAUGAGUUCAUGGUUUAUUCAUUUAAGGGGAAACAAAAACUUGUGAAUUAAAUAGAAUAAGGCAAUAAAAAAUUAGAAAAAUUUAAGACAGCUCUUUACAGUUGUUAGACUACUUGGAGAAAAAUCUCAUCUUCCUUUCUGGUAAAAAUGUUAAG